GACUAAAGCUGCUGCUGCUGCUGCUGCUAUUGCACAGUCAUUGGGCUAACUGGAGCCCACUGUGCACUCUGGUCCUCUGCUCUUCUUACUACCUUCUUCAAGUCUGCUUUUUUUGGCUGCAUUCAAUAGAAUAGUGAAAACUAGAAACUGCAGCUUUACUGAAGGAGAUUAGUCUGCGAGUCACAGUAUAUGAAGAUGACUGCUUGAUUAUUUUGAGCAAAAAAAAAAAUUGUUUGAGUUUAAAGUGUUUUCUGAAAUGGUCUUAUAGUGUACAGUAUGGACGCACAAUCUCUUUAACUCUGAUUUAAUGCACAGAGUACUUUUGUGAACAGUGAUAUACAUUUUUGAUAUUUUUUAGCUAUUUUUCUUCUCAGCUGGGGGCAGGAUGUUCCCCUCCUUUACAUCUGCACUGCUGAUCACAGCAUUGACCAGUGUCUGGGCCCGAGACCUGUAUGAGGAGAGGAGAACUAACAAGAAAUCCAGGGCCAAACCUCUGGGUGCAUAUAUUCAUGAUGGGCAAGCCAUCCUAGACGAGGACUGUAGCUUGGAGCUCUCCUUCUUGUUGGACAGCUCGGAGAGUGCAAAGGACAAUCAUGAAGAAGAAAAGCAGUUUGCUGUGAACAUAGUGGAGCGGCUGCAACAGGUACGGUUGCAGGUUGGCCGCAGCUUGAGCUUCAGGGUUGCUCUGCUGCAGUAUAGCAGUCAUGUCAUCACAGAGCAAACUUUCAGAGACUGGAGGGGCACAGAGAACUUCAAGAUACAUAUAGCUCCCAUCACUUACAUCGGGCAUGGCACGUACACAACCUACGCCAUCACCAACAUGACCAAGAUCUACCUGGAGGAGUCCAGCCCUGGCAGCAUCAGGGUAGCAGUGCUGCUUACAGAUGGUGUUUCCCACCCGAGGAACCCUGAUAUUUUUUCAGCUGUUGCUGAUGCCAAGAACCAGGGCAUCAAAUUCUUCACUUUGGGCAUCACCCGGGCAGCCAAAGAGCCAGCCAAUGUAGCCCAGCUCCGGCUACUUUCCAGCUCCCCAGCCUCUGACUUCGUCCAUAAUUUGCAAGAUGAAGAUGUUGUUGAAAAAAUUGUCACUGGGAUUACUGGUUUGGCUGAAGAAGGAUGCCCUGCAGCUCAGAGAUGUGCUUGUGAGAAAGGAGAGAGGGGACCCAGUGGGCCUGGGGGAAAGAAAGGUCGUCCGGGAGAGGAUGGUGCUCCAGGGCUUAAAGGCCAAAAGGGUGAAGCAGGAUUAAGCGGACUGCCUGGGCGAGAGGGUGCUGAGGGAAAACCAGGUUACAAAGGAGAAAGGGGUGAGAGGGGUGAGUGUGGCACUCCAGGAAUCAAAGGAGAUAGGGGUCCUGAAGGUUCAGUUGGUGCAAGAGGACUUAGAGGUCUGCAGGGGUUAGCGGGACCACAAGGGGACACUGGACCAGAGGGCCCUUUGGGAAAACAGGGUGAACGUGGCCCACCUGGCCCUCCAGGAAUUCAGGGGGAAACUGGCAUUGGACUUCCUGGACCAAAAGGUGACAUGGGAUUCCAGGGUAGACCAGGGCCUCCUGGUCCUAUGGGUGUAGGUGAAUAUGGACCUCCUGGGCCUCAAGGACCACAAGGUGUUCAAGGAGAAAAAGGACCACAAGGAGAAGGGCUCCCUGGACCAAAGGGCGAUCGGGGGCUCUCAGGACCAAGGGGGCCCAGGGGACCACAGGGUGCUGGAAUCAAAGGAGAACGGGGUGAACUGGGGCCCCCAGGUCUUCCAGGGCCAACUGGACCAACAGGAGUGGGCAUACAGGGAGAAAAGGGAAUUGAGGGUCCAAGAGGUCCACCAGGGGUCAGGGGACUUCCAGGAUAUGGUUUACCUGGACCCAAGGGAGAUCAAGGUUUACCAGGAGAGCAGGGAGCUCCAGGAGAGAGAGGGCUUGGUGAGCCAGGUCCAAAGGGAGAGCCUGGAGCAGUUGGACUGGGCGGUCUACCCGGUCUUCCAGGAGAAGAUGGAGCUCCAGGACAAAAAGGUGAACCUGGUUCAUCUGGUUUAAGAGGUCCUGAAGGAGCACCAGGAAUUGGCACACAAGGGGAGAAAGGCGACCAAGGUCUUAGGGGUAUUCGUGGGUUACAUGGGCCUCCAGGGAUUUCAGGACCCUCUGGACCAAAGGGGGAACAGGGAAUAUCAGGUCAGCAGGGCAUGCCAGGGCUGCCAGGACGGUCUAUACCAGGUCCAAAGGGUGAUGUAGGUCCUGCUGGCCCUCCUGGCCCUAUUGGGGAAACAGGCCAUGGGCUACCUGGUCCAAAGGGAGAUCAUGGUCAGUCAGGUUCACCAGGUCCAGUUGGUCCAACAGGCGAAGGCAUCCCUGGCCCUGUGGGUCCUCCAGGCAUGCCAGGAUUAGGGGACGCUGGCUAUAGAGGAUUGCCAGGUUUGCCUGGCCCACCUGGAGAGGGCUUACCAGGUCCACCAGGUAAUACUGGGAAGCCAGGACCUCCUGGUCCAACUGGACUGCCCGGAGAAGGUAUUCAAGGGCCAAAGGGCGAACCAGGAGCUCAAGGUAUGACUGGCCCUAGAGGGCAUCAAGGACAUGGCCUUUCUGGUGCUAAGGGUGACCGUGGAUUACAAGGUGAGAGGGGUACGAAAGGUACAAAAGGAGACACGGGAGAUCCUGGAGUCCCUGGUGAAGCAGGGAGGCCAGGUGCAAAAGGAGAACAAGGCCUCACAAGAGAAGACAUUAUUAGGCUGAUCAAAGAAAUCUGUGGAUGCGGCAUCAAGUGCAAGGACAGGCCAAUGGAACUUGUGUUUGUCAUCGACAGCUCUGAGAGUGUCGGCCCUGAGAACUUUGAAAUCAUCAAGGACUUUGUCACCAGGUUGGUGGACCGGACCACAGUUGGACACAACGCCACCAGAAUUGGACUGGUCCUCUACAGUCUGGAUGUCCAUUUGGAAUUCAACUUGGCUCGCUACAUGAACAAACAGGACGUCAAGGAGGCAAUCAGAAAAAUGCUUUAUGUGGGUGAGGGCACCUACACUGGCACGGCCAUCAGAAAGGCAACCCAGGAUGCUUUCUUCAGUGCUCGGCCUGGAGUCAGAAAAGUAGCCAUUGUCAUCACUGAUGGUCAGACUGACAAACGAGAGCCUGUCAAACUCGACAUAGCUGUGCGGGAGGCUCAUGCUGCAAAUAUUGAGAUGUAUGCCCUGGGGAUUGUCAAUUCUUCUGAUCCUACACAGGCUGAGUUCCUGCGAGAACUCAACCUCAUUGCCUCUGACCCCGACAGUGAACACAUGUACCUCAUUGAUGACUUCAAUACGCUACCAGCACUUGAGUCUAAGCUCAUCAACCAAUUCUGUGAAGAUGAAAAUGGUGCUCUUAUUUACAAUCACAUUACAAAUGGACACUGGAACGGCAACAGUGGGCAUGUUAAUAAGACCAGUGGAUAUGGGAACAUUGGAAACAGAUACCAUUACCAAAAGAAUAUUCAAAAUCAGAGACACACCGACAACCGAGGCGGCGGUGGCAUUUUCACACCAUCCAUCAGUGCUGAUCCUUUCCCCAUUCAGGUGGUGGAAGAUGAUGAUGAUGAUGAAAAGCUGGACCUAAAAGCCCCUGUGCAGGGCAGUGACACUGUGGCUGUAGUUAACAAAACAUUGUUAUUGCCUGUGAGCGGAAGCUCUGUCUCCAAUGAGACAGGCUUAUCACCUUCUUCAUUUUCAUCUUCCUUAUCUGCAACAUCUUUGUCAACACUGGUUUCAUCCUUAAAUUUGAAUCAGUUGCCAACAGCGGUGAGUCCAGUCCUGCCUGAAGAGGCCCCAAUUCUUGAUCCCCGCUGCACCUUCAAACUGGACCAAGGCACCUGCAGAGACUAUAUCAUCCGCUGGUACUACGACAAGCAGGCCAAUGCCUGUGCACAGUUUUGGUAUGGAGGCUGUGGUGGAAAUGACAACCGUUAUGAAACAGAAGAUGAAUGCAAAAAGGCUUGUGUUCUAUUCAGAACAGGUAAUUUCAGCUGAUUUUUAACAAAAAAAAAAGUCUGAUCUUAAUAUUAAUUUCUAAUUGUUAUACUUCUUUAUAUACAGCUGCAUAAAAGAAGAAUCAAUCAGAAAGUUGACUUUUCUGCUCUACAGUCAGCUGAUAUUAUUUUAAUGUGAUACAUUCUGUCAUUUGUGUUCAUAAAAUUUCAUGCACUUUUCUAACACAUUUGUCCUCUCACACAGAUGAAUUUUGAUUAAAUAGUAAAGCAGUGUUAAAUGGUGAUGACCAACUAAAUCAAAUCCUGACAAACGGCUGAUAUUUUGCCUUUUUAAUUGAAUGACUGCCUGACUGACUUAUUAACUGCUACAAAAACUGACUUUAUUACCUCAAAGAAAUUGUAUUGCUAACACACAAGGAGGAAUUCUUCACUCAGGAUUUGACUGUCCUGGGCUUAAAGUGACUCCAGAGAGUUUAUUAUAUUUUAAAAUUAACCUAUAAAUCAUUCUUUGCACCUCUUUAAGCCAUGUGCUUCGCAUACACUGCAUAUAUUUCUAAUAAGACAACUAUAGUUAGAUGUUUGUUUACCUUGUGUUUAUGGUAUGUAAUUUUCUGAAAUAUGCUCUGAGUACAUUUAUGUUUGUUUUGUUUGUUGUUUUUAAUGCUACGUCGACGCAGGUUAAAACUUGUGGCUGUAAUAAACAGUUAUGUCCAUGACGGUAUUGCUUGCAAGUGUCAUUUUGUAAUGACAAUUGAACCCUUUUGCAAUUUAUUCAUUUAAUAAAUUUGUCAA